AGAAGGGACAGCCCCCCCUGGAGCAGGACGGUUCCAGAGAGGGGGGAUGGUUAGGGGGACCUUAAUGGGAAAAAGGUGGGGGGGAGUUACAGACCACAGGGGAAGAAAGAGGAACUUAGCCACGGCCACAACCGCUGGUGCCAUUUGAGAGCCGAAGUGGGCCAGGAGCUGCUACUUCCCACAGGAAGAGCUGAGCCAUACCUCACAGGGCUGUGAAGAGAAGACAGCUCAAGAACUUCCAGCAGAGAGGAGGCAUUCUAUGGGCAGUAGCUGGCCUGCUGUGGCUUAGAAAGGACAAGGCCCCGAGACCCUCCAGCUUAUGCCCCUCGAUUUGGGAAUCCUGCUGGCUCCAGAACAAUGGAAAACAGAAGCACCCACACCCACCCAGAGAACAAGGCGGACACUCCAGCAGUCCAAUCAAGUUCUGGCCUGAGUUCCACCAAAAAGAAGACAGAUUCGGAACCCACUGUCUCAGCCGGUCAGACUGGACUUGCAGAUGCCACUGAAAGGGACAGCAGAAAGCAGCCUGUAGCUCCCAGAGGACCAGAGAGGGAGCUCCAACACACAGGAUCAUCCCAGGAUGGGUCAGGGGAGCUUCAGACCCAGGAGCAGAGGCCCUCAGCGAGACCAAGGACAACCCAGGAUGGGCAGAAGGAGCUGCAAGCAGGCCCGGAGCAAGCCCAGCCUAGUGGGGACUUUGUGACCUCUGAAGGGCAGCCACAGCCAGCCAUGCAGACCAAGGACCAGCAGAAGAGAUGGCAGAGUGUGGACAUCAAAGAGAUUCAUCUUGCCGAGAGCUGCCAGGGAAACACAGACCAGGAUCUGGGGAAGCCACGCCCCUCCGACGGCAGGAGUCAGCCACUAAAGAAUAACUCCCCCAGCGAAGCAGGCCGCCCACAGGUCAGGCUGCAAGAGCCUAUGCCAGCACCUGGCUCCGGGACUCACAAGGACAACCCCCAGGAGGCAGUGCCCCCCAAGCCCAAGGUGACUACAGAAGAAAAGAAGGCUCCUCCCGUUUUGCCAUCCGUACUGGGACCUCGAACACACAAAGACCGAGGCGAGGCUGCAGAGAGCAAGGCAGCACCGAGGCCGCCGCCUCCUCCUCCUCCUCCAGAGCAAAGAGACGUUGAGAAGAAGGAGCUGGGCCAAGGGCAGAAGCAACGGCAGCAGGCCUUGUCAGCUGCAGGCACCCAGGGUCCAGCGAACUCCCGACGGGGUUUCAUGAAGUGCCUACUGGAGGUGGAAGAGCAAGAGGAAGCCACCCACAGAAGGACUCUGAAGCCCCGGGGCCUGACAGCCAGGAGGUCCCCCAAGACUGUGACUUCUGUGUCCACCUCAGGCCCCAUCAACAGCUCUGUUCCAACCUUACCUCUGACCCUGCAUGAAGCUUCCACCUCAGCUCCAGCUACUGUCCCAUCCUGGGUCAGACCACCGGCCCCCGGGCAAACCCCCAUCCCUAUGGGGUCCUCUGGGUCAGUCCUGCCAACUUCUGCCCAGGACCAGAACUGGAGAUGGCCAGAGUUCUUGCCCCAGGGCAAUGAGAGAAGUCUCAACUAUGCCAAGAUCCGGCAGGAGCCGGAAGAGCAUAGCCUCUUCAGAAUGUAUCAGAGCUGGGAGGAGCGGACCGAGGAGCACCUCACCCUGAAGCAGGAGGAAGCCUUCCGAAGCUACUUUGAUAUCUUCAAUGGUCCUGGUGAGGUGGAUGCGCGGAGCCUCAAGAACAUCUUGCUCCUGAUUGGCUUCACCUUUACUCCAGCCCAGGUGGAAGAAGCCCUGAUGAGUGCUGAUGUCAAUGGAGAUGGUCAUGUGGAUUUCAAAGACUUUUUGGCUGUAAUGACAGACACCAAGCGCUUCUUCUGCUCCGUGGAACAGAAUGUCCUGAUGGAUAUGUCGCCCCGGAACCCCUACACACUCUUCUUUGAGAUCCUCUCUCUGCUGGUGGAAAUGCUGGCCCUGCCGGAGUUGGCCCUAGAGGAGAUCACAAACUACUAUCAGAAGAAGCUGAAGGAGGGUUCCUCCAAGGCCCGAGAGAUGGAAUCGGCCAUGGGCGGGCUGCGACAGAGGAAGAAGAUUCCUUACAACCCUCAGCAAGUAGAAAACUUAGAAGUCCCAGAACGGAGGGUCCUCAGGAUCCUGAGCCGGCUGAAGCAGCAGAACUAUGCUGCCAAUCUGCAGAGCCCCUAUGCCCAGGUACCCUGCAUCCCACUCUGCCCGAGGCUGGACAAGAAGGCAGUCCGUCGAAAGGCUAGCCAUAACCAUUCAGUGCUGGAUCAGUGUGUCCCCACAAGCCUGGGCCCUGACUUUCAUGGCCUCUUCUUCCAGCCAGGACAGCAAGGAAGCAGGGAACACAGCUCUGACAGCAGAAAGUGGCUUAGCUCCAUGCCAGCUCGAACUCACUGAUCCUCCGGAACCGUGGCUCCAGUUCAAGGCCUGCAGACAGUUGGGCAGGGCCUGGAUUUGGGAGUUUGCUUUCAUGGUCUGGUAAGCCAAUAAACACCAAGAACCUC